GCAUCAGCGUGUGUGUGAGAGAGAGUGUAGAGCUCAGGCGAGACAAACAUGGCGGGGGAAGCAGCAUGAUCUGCUGGAGGAGUUCAGCUGCACACGGACCCGAGGAACAGCGCUCCACACCCUGGCGAUUAGACACCAUGGACGGCAUGUCAGAGUAGGCGAGUGAGCUUGAGAGCACUGAGCGUUGACCGAGAGCGCUUUGUCCGGGAACAGGACGGCCAUCUUUGUGCUGAAGGAGACGGAGAAAAGCAUCUCACCGGGAGCAUGGCUGCGCACAGCAACCAGGAGGAAAAAAAACUACAUAAUCAUUACAUCUUUGGGGAGUUCAGCCCGGACGAGUUCAAUCAGUUCUUCGUGACGCCUCGCUGUUUUGUUGAGCUUCCCCCCUUCAACGAGAAAGCCACCUGCGUGAGUCAUAACUCAGGAGGUUACUGCACUGUCGAUGUGCCGUACAUUACGGAAUCUAUGAGACGGCAGGUCUGCGGAGAGGACUACCAGCACAUCGAGUUUGGCGUGGAUGAGGUGAUGAGUUCGGAGCCUGUGCUGGUAAAAGACUCCUUGUAUAAAGUGUCCAGCACUUUGAACCCUCAGGCUCCUGAGUUCAUCCUGGGCUGCCAGCCGGCUCAGAAACCACUUCCGACGGCCACCCCGGUGUCCAACGCCUCGCACGGGGCCGAUUUCAACUCUGUAGACUGCGCGGACUCUGAGGCCUCUGCCUUGGAUGGCCAGCAGGCCUGCUCCGACCUGGACGGCAUUUCUAGCAGCCUGGGCCAACGAGAGCGCAAGAAAAAGAAAAAACGACCUCCGGGAUACUACAACUACCUGGAGGGGUGUGAGAGUGGCGGUGCGGCGGUGGACGGCGAGGCCGGCUCGGGGCUGGUGAACGGGCACGGCCUCAGCGCUCCAGCCCUGGGAUCAGAGGAUGCCGGCACUGAUCUGACCCCUUCCACACUUUCUUCCACAUCAUCCACGGGCCAGCCUGGCCCUCCCACUAAUCAGAGGACUUGUGACAGCCCUGAUGAAUCCUCUGUGGACUUGACAAGCAGAGCCACGUCUUUGUUGGACAGUAAUGCCGCGGCUUCCUCGUCCUCCUCCUCUUCUUCCUCCACUUCCUCCCAGAGUGGUGGCCAUGCUGAAGGGGCCAGGACUGCAGAGCAGCACUCAGAACCCACUGCUCUAGAGAGCCCCGAACUGCAGGGCAGCGAUGGGAGUGUUACCUGCCUGACCUCCUCACCUUCUCCUCCCCCUUCUGCUGCUGUGCUCACCGCUGAUCCUGCUACUACUGACGAGGACGAGCGCCAGGCUAACGGCACGUCAGAGCACUCGCCUGCCCCCAGACUCGACACGGCCGAUACUCAGGCAGGCGCCGCUCCGGUCUCGUCCCCCACAGACUCGGGGGUCCAGGCGCCUUCUCUUUCUCCGCUCUCUCCUUCCACGGCACCUGUCCCCAACACCCCCAAAUCCUGGGCUAGUCUCUUCCACAACUCCAAGCCUUUGCCUGGAGGUCCUCAGGCGUACGUCGAGGUGAAGGCCGCAGCCGUCGCCGUGCCCGCGGCUCCCGCAACUACCACCGAGCAGCCUGAGAAACCAUGUGAUGUCCGGGAGGGGCCUGUUCCCGUCUCAGAAGAUCCCAUGGCACCAAAAUUGGCAGAACUUAUCGAGAAUGUGAAGUUGAUACACAAGCCUGUGUCUUUGCAGCCCAGAGGACUGAUCAACAAGGGAAACUGGUGUUACAUCAACGCCACCCUGCAGGCGCUGAUCGCGUGUCCGCCCAUGUAUCACCUGAUGAAGUCGAUUCCCAUCUUCAGUGAAACACAGAGACCCUGCACCUCCACGCCCAUGAUGGACAACUUUGUUCGACUCGUGAACGAGUUCAGCAACAUGCCGGUUCCAUCAAAGGCCAAACAGCAAGCUGCAGGAGAGAAGAUGAUAAAAGAUAUCAGACCCGGUGUUCCCUUUGAGCCAACGUACAUCUACAAACUCCUCACUCUCAUUAAAUCCAGCCUCUCGGAGAAGGGCCGUCAGGAGGAUGCUGAGGAGUAUCUGGGCUUCACGCUGAACGGACUGCAUGAGGAGAUGCUGGCACUCAAGAAGCUCAUUUCCCCACAGGAAGAGAAAGCGUCGACACCGAACGGACCAGGUCCCCACGUGGCUACUGAGGAACCCACAAACAGGGCGGAGGACGAGGAGGGCAGCGAGGACGAGUGGGAGCAGGUGGGACCCAGGAACAAAACCUCCAUCACCCGGCAAGCAGAUUUCAUCCGCACCCCCAUCACCGACAUAUUCGGAGGGCACAUCAGAUCGGUGGUGUACCAGCAGAGCUCGAAAGAGUCGGCUACGCUCCAGCCGUUCUUCACCCUGCAGCUGGACAUCCAAUCGGAGAAGAUCCGCACAGUGCAGGAGGCUCUGGAGACCAUGGUGGCUCGCGAGUCUGUCCAGGGCUACACCACGAAAACCAAGCAGGAGAUCGAGAUCAGCCGAAGAGUGACUCUGGAGGAACUUCCUCCUGUGCUCGUGCUCCAUCUCAAAAGGUUCGUCUUUGAGAAGACAGGUGGCUGUCAGAAACUGGUCAAGAACAUUGAUUACCCUGUGGACCUGGAGAUAAGCAAAGAUCUCCUCUCCCCGGGUGUGCGGAGCAAAACUUUGAAAGGCCAAAGAACCUACAGGCUUUUUGCAGUCGUCUAUCACCAUGGGAACAGUGCCACGGGCGGCCAUUACACUACGGACGUCUUCCACAUCGGGCUGAACGGCUGGCUGCGCAUCGACGACCAGGCGGUGAAGGUGAUCAACCAGUACCACGUGGUGAAGCAGACUGCAGAGCGCACCGCCUACCUGCUUUACUACCGCCGCGUCGACCUGCUGUAGAAACCCUACACACUCGCAUACACGCUCAUACACACACACACACUUUAACACAACACACACUCACUCACUCACACGCCUCAACAGGAACACUGCCCAACAACUUGUCAUGCGAGUUUCCUCCUCCUCUCCUCGUUAUCCCUCGCUUUCACACACAGCCAGCUUUUCUACGUUUCUGUCAUUCUGGAGGAAGAGGGGAAAAUUUCAAACCUGGUAUCUAAAGACUUCCAUGAGGUGGCGAUGUGUAGAGACGGACGUUACGGCGUGAAGGAGGCGGACACGACGGACGGAGAUGCUUUAAUCCCCCCAUGGCCUCGUUCCAGACUGAACCCGAGGGACUGCGCUCUUGUUUUUUGUUUAAUUUCUUUGUUUAAUCUACUUUUUUAAUGGCAUAGUGUGAGAGAACAAUUUAAGUGUUUUGCCUUUUAUCGAAGGGAUUCAACGGACGUUCUGCCGGAUGAAAUCGUCAACUUUUUUUUUGAUGCCCUGCACCAGCAAACUUUGACACAAAAGAACCCCCCUGAGAGUUUCCUUCCGAAUCCCGACAACGCAAGACACUCUGCUCUAACGCUGCCGCCUCCUCUUUUUCUUCUCUCUCUCUCUCUCUCUCUCUCUCUCUCUCCCCUGUUCUUCAUGAUCACGGCACUCAGGCCGAGCUGAGGGGGGGAAAUAAACACUGGAGCCAUCGGAUUAUGACGAGACAUCCGACCGGGAGCGAGGGAGCUGCAGUGGGAGAAAUUGAAAAAAAAAAAAAAAUUAAGUGCUUCUUUGGUUUUGCGAGAACGCUGCGUGUGGUUUCUGGGUGUAGAAUUAGACUGAUUUAACAGUUUUAAUGCGCUAGGACAAAAAUGAUGAUAAUUUGCAAGGAAAAUACAGCUUAUGUGCACGUAACCCCUUUGAAAUUUGAUCAAUAAAAGUGAAAUAUACACAGUGCAGCCAAA